AUGCGGUGGCCACCCUUAAUAUGGACGCUGUUGUUGCCAUCAAUUCUCGCACAUUUCGACGCGUCGAAGUGCGGCUCACAGAAGAAAUGCAUCUACGUGCCAUCAGGAUGCGAGAAGAACAAUGUUUGCAAAAAUAUUUUCAGCUAUAAAACCCUGGAUGACGAAUUCGUCGAGAUCGAGUUGUACAGCACCGAAUACACGGCGGGCACAAAUUAUGUGGCUGUUGGAUUUUCGAAAGAUGAUCUAAUGGGUGAUGACCCAGUCACACAAUGUGUUUUCCCAGACGGUGGUGGUCCUGAAGCGCACGCUUCGUACAAUUUCGGAAAAAGCAAUCAACCUGUGCAGGAUCCAGAAGAAAAAGAAGCCGAGAAAACUCAGAUCCAACUACAACACGCGCACAAGGAUGACAACAGUAUCUAUUGCCAAAUCCAUCAAAAGAUCUCAUCCGGUUCAUCAGCUUUUUUCCCAAAUCUCGAUCAAGAGCACAAGCUUUUCCUCGUUCGCGGCAAAGCACGGAAACCCGAAAUUCUCGGCAUUCACUCACUCGACCCAUCAUCACCCGAUUUCCCGUUCAUUUCCGAUGAACGCCACAAUCUCGCUAAAAGGGAAAUCAAGAUGAAAGCUGUAUCUGAAAAUCGCACCGACUCAAACUUACCCGAUGGAGGCGAGCAAUUGAUCUCGAAAAAGGGGAAAAGUUGGAUGAAAGCUUUCCACGGAAUUCUGAUGAUUUUCGCGUGGUUGGUUUUCGUGCCAAUGGCCGUUUUCGCGGCUCGUUAUUUCCGCGAUCACUGGCCUGGUUCAGCGCCGAGAGGACUCAAGUGGUGGUUUCAUCUUCAUCGAACCCUCAACUUCAUCGCAUUGCUCUUUGUUUUACUCUCAGUAUUGUUGAUUUUCUGGGCUGAAGAAUGGGAAUGGAAAGGACCCGUGGCCGGACAUUCAUCGGAGUCAAAUUGGCAUGCCGGAUCAGUGCACUCAUUGUUGGGCGUCAUGGCAGCAAUUGUGGCUGUCCUCAACCCAUUCAUGGCUCUUUUCCGUUGUGCACCCGACACAGGCGCUCGUCCGAUCUUCAAUUGGACACAUCGCACUCUCGGGAUCGCCGGUUUUCUUCUAGCAAUGGCAACUCUAUUCAUCGCGGCGAAUUUCUUCAUUGGCCAGUGGUCGGAUCCAUUUUGGGCGUUGACACUCGUUCUCAUUUUCUGGGGAUUGCUCGUCGUCGCGGUUUUGUUAUUCGAAAUCUUAGACUGGAUGAAAACGAAAACCGAUCACAAAGUGCAUCACUUGGAAAUGCGAGGACGCGGGAAAUAUGAUGACAAUGGACGAAUUGUUACCCACACAAAAGUCUUGCAUCAAAGGCCAAUGCAUGGUACGACAAUCCUUUGGAUUCUCUUCGGACUCAUUUCCAUCACCAUUGCUGUCACACUGUCUGUGUUCAUGAUCGUUAAACGGAUACAG